AUGAAUCAAUUGAUCUUUGAUCGAUCAACGGGCAAUCUUGGCCCAAAUGCCUUUGCUCGCAUUCAAACUACUCAAUUAAUCCAUGCGAUUUCACCAGCUCCAAAAGUAAAAUUCAAUGGUGGUGAAAAGCCUCCAGCGACUAUAGCUUCAGGUACGGAAGCUCGAGAUUACGAGCCAGCGAAGAUAUGGGCGCACCAAAUAGGAGUAAGCGCCCUGUCAAUAGAUAGAUUUGAUGGAAAGAUUCUUCUUUCUGGUGGUGCAGAUGCAUCAAUCAAAGUUUGGAAUCUUGAUCAAAUCCCCACCGGGGCAUCAGAAUAUACAUUCCGACCAACCGGAAUGAUCCCCAGGAGUGCUUCCGCGCAUCAAUAUGGCAUUACACAUCUUAGUUUCUAUCCUUUCGAUUCUGCUGCGUUUCUCUCUUCGUCGUACGAUCAUCAUCUCAAACUAUACUCCACGGAGACUCUCCAAUUAUCCGCAGACUUCGAUCUAGACUCUGUGAUCUAUUCACAUGCCGUAUCUCCCAUUGCACAACACCUUUUGGUGGCUUGCGCGACUCAACAUCCAGCUGUCAGGCUCGUAGAUCUUCGGUCUGGCGCAAGUACACAGUCAUUAGCUGGACAUCACGGAGCUAUUCUCUCAGUCGCUUGGCAUCCAAAUGUUGAGCAUAUACUAGCUAGUGGGUGUGUAGAUGGUACGAUUCGUGUCUGGGAUGUUCGAAAGAGUUCUGGCGCAGUGGGCUUAUUGGAUUUGGAAGAUGCAAUUGGGAUGUCAACUAUACAUGGGAUGGCGGGUGGUCGAUCAAGAGCUUCUGCCAAAGCUCAUACUGGAGCUGUCAAUGGUCUUACGUGGACGGAUAAUGGGAACUAUAUCAUAUCUGCAGCACAAGAUGAACGGAUUCGAGUCUGGGAUGCAGCUACGGGUGCAAAUACUCUCGCAAGCUUUGGUCCAACGAUCAAGAAUGGACACCUCUCAAAUCUACCUAUAGUAGUGUCGCCCACAGCACUAACACCCCCCAUGAAAGAGCUUCUAUUUUUCCCCAAUGAAAAAGAAAUUCUUGUUUUUGAACUUCAUGAAGGUCGUCUUCUCAAGCGACUGAAAGUUCCUGGUCCCACUGUUGCAGCAUUGCGAUCUCGAACUGGUGAGCGAAAUAUCCGGAAUCGUAUCACGGCAAUGGCGUGGAGAGAACCGGUUGAUGGUAUAUAUUCUGCUCAUUCAGAUGGACAGAUUAGAGCUUGGAUACCUAGGACUGCAGAGGAUAUUCAAAUGGAUCGUGAGGAAGAGGAGGAAGGCAAGACUCAUGGUGAGGAUGAAAGGGGGAAGAGGAAGAGAAAUGUUCUCGAUGAUGUGUUUAGAGAUCUGACAAGACAGAAGAUAACUUUUGGUUAG